CUUCCGGAUUUGCAUUACACACGUGAGAAAGUUGGAAACACGUUUGUUUUGCAACUAUUGUAUUUAUCCAGAUGAAGUAAACAAAUGCAUUUCAUUAACUGACUGGAAAUCAAGUCGUUGGAAGUAGCUUUCUCACAGAUAGGAGAAGAUGGAGGGGAAGGAGCCAAAGAAGGAACAGAAGCGGCACCAGCAGAAGCACAGCGGGCCCAAGGCAGAGAGGAAGAAGAGCAGGAAGCAGCUGGGAACCCCAGCCGGAGAUGACGAACGCAAGAGGAACCCCAAAGCGUUUGCUGUCCAGUCAGCAGUGCGCAUGGCCAAAACCUUCCACAGAGCCCAGGACCUAAAGGCCAAGAAACAUCACAUACCCCUGGUGGACCGCACCCCUCUGGAGCCUCCCCCGAUAGUGGUGGUGGUGGUAGGACCCCCCAAGGUGGGCAAGAGCACCCUCAUCCGCUGUCUGAUCAAAAACUUCACGCGGCAGAAACUAGGGGACAUCUGCGGGCCUGUGACCAUAGUCUCUGGAAAGAAGAGGCGUCUUACCUUUGUCGAGUGUAGCAAUGACAUCAAUACAAUGAUUGACUUGGCAAAGGUUGCUGACCUGGUGCUGAUGCUCAUUGACGCCAGCUUCGGCUUUGAGAUGGAGACCUUUGAGUUUCUCAACAUCUGCCAGGUGCACGGCUUCCCGCGCAUCAUGGGCGUGCUCACCCACCUGGACUCGUUCCGCAAUAACAAGGCCCUGCGCAAGACCAAGAAGCGGCUCAAACACCGCUUUUGGACCGAGGUCUACCAGGGUGCCAAACUCUUCUACCUGUCCGGUAUGGUGUACGGAGAGUACCAGAUCCAGGAGGUCAAGAACCUGGGCCGCUUCAUCUCCGUCAUGAAGUUCCGCCCGCUGGUGUGGCAGCAAUCUCAUCCCUACGUCGUGGCCGACCGCAUGGAGGAUUUGACCGACCCCGAGAUGGUGAGGGUGGACCCCAAGUGUGAUCGUACUGUAUCUCUCUAUGGCUACCUGAGGGGGACAUACUUGAAGAAUAAAGGCCAGGUCCAUAUCCCUGGUGUGGGGGACUUUGCGGUGGCAGACAUCAGCUUCCUGCCAGACCCCUGCGGUCUGCCUGAGGCGCAGAAGAAGAGGGCGCUGAACGAGAAGGAGCGGCUGCUCUACGCUCCCAUGGCGGGGGUCGGGGGGGUCGUGUACGAUAAGGACGCAGUCUACAUCGACCUGCCCGGCGGCCACGUCAAUCAGGAACAGGAGGAGGUCCGUCCCACCACAGAGUUGGUCCAAUCCCUCAUCGGUACACACACCACCCUGGAUGCCAAGAUGGCCGCCAGCAAAGUGUCACUGUUCACAGGGGCGGCUGCCCUGACCCCCGGGGAAGUGGAGGAGGAGGAGGAGGAGAACGGGCUGACGUCAGGACCACAGGAGAGCCGAGUCUGGGACCCUGAGACACAGAGAGAGCGGAGGAAGGCUGUCUUCACUGAAGAGGAAGAUGAUGACGAUGAUGAUGACAGCGAGGGUAGCAGUGAAGAAGAGGGGGAUGAGGAAGGAGAGUCUGAAGAAGAGGAUGAGGAAGAUAAUGAGGGGGGAAACAAAAGAGAAGAAGAAGAAACCGUUUUGAAGAAAGAGGCAAAGGACAACACUGAACCAAAAGAGAAUCAAGGAAUAAAGACCGCCCCUCCGGUGAAGAGACAGAAGAUGGAGGAAAGGAAAGCAGAGAAAGAGCCAGUGGUAGAGGUACCUGCCUUUGCAGACAGUGAGGAUGAGCUGGAAAUGAGUGAGGAGGAGGGAGAAGGGGUGAAGGGAGAGCAGGAGAGUGAAGGAGAGGAGAGUGAUUCUGAGGGGGAAGAAGAUGAAGACGGUGCAGUGGAAAAGGGUGAUGUCAAACCAAGAGACUCUGGUCAUUGCUCGGAGGAAGAGGAGGAUGCGAGUGAUUCAAUGGAAGAGGAUGACUGUGAAACCAAGGUCUUGGGCAAAGAAAGCAAGAAGUCGAAUGCCACCUCCAAAAUGGAAGAUGAGGAGAUGGAGGGAGGAGAGCUGUGCUAUGAAAGUGCAGGGGCACUGCGGUGGAAGGAGGGUCUGCAACAGAAAGCGUCGGAGGCGUUUCUACGGCAACAGCGCGCCGCCCCCAAUCUACGUAAACUGGUGUACGGCACAGUGGCGGAGGUUGAUGGUGAUGGGGAGGAGGAGGAGCUGGGAGGGCUAUUUCGAGUCAGCCGCCCCGAGAAGGGCAAGAAGCAUCGUGCGGACGGCGUGGACUGCUCCCGUUUUGACCCUGAUGCCGCUCACAACUGGGACCUGGAAGAGAUGCUGGACUCGAUACGGGACUGUUUUGUGACAGGGAAAUGGGAGGACGAUCAAGAUGCUGCUACAUUGCUGAAGGAGGAUGAGGAGCUAUAUGGCGAUUUUGAGGACUUGGAGACGGGGGAAGUGCACAAGGGGAAAGCUGGCAAGCAGAAGGACCAAGCCAAGGAAGAAAGUGAUGAUGAUAAGGAAGAUGAGGAGGAGGAGAGAACGAUGACGGUGGACGACGAGACCCAGAAGAACAAGCGUCUGGAGAAGAAACGGCGGCUGAAGGAGCGCUUCGACACGGAGUACGACGACGGAGACGCCACCUACUUUGAUGACCUCAAGGAGGAGAUGCAGAAACAGGCAGAGCUGAACCGGGCUGAGUUUGAGGACGUGGAUGACGAGACACGGGUCCAGUACGAGGGCUUCCGGCCUGGCAUGUAUGUGCGUCUGGAGAUCCCCUCCCUGCCCUGCGAGUUUGUCACCAACUUUGAUCCCCACUAUCCCAUCAUCCUCGGGGCUCUAGGCGCCAGCGAGGGCAACGUAGGUUACCUGCAGAUGCGGUUAAAGAAACAUCGAUGGCACAACCGGAUCCUGAAGACGCGCGACCCCCUCAUCCUGUCCCUGGGCUGGCGUCGCUUCCAGACCAUCCCCCUGUACCACAUCGAGGACCACAACGGGCGCCACCGCCUGCUCAAGUACACACCGCAACACAUGCACUGUGGCGCCACCAUCUGGGGUCCCAUCACACCUCAGGGCACAGGCUUCCUGGCUGUGCAGUCAGUCGCAGGAACUAAGACCAGUUUCCGCAUUGCAGCUACAGGAGUUGUCCUUGACCUGGACAAAUCUGUGACCAUAGUCAAAAAGCUCAAGCUGAUUGGCUACCCAUACAAGAUCUACAAGAACACAUCCUUCAUAAAGGGGAUGUUCAACACCGUGCUGGAGGUUGCGAAAUUCGAGGGGGCUUCCAUCCGAACAGUCAGCGGGGUCAGAGGUCAAAUUAAGAAGGCCCUGUCGACGCCGGCGGGAGCCUACAGAGCCACGUUCGAAGACAGGCUGCUGAUGAGUGACAUUGUGUUCCUGCGCUCCUGGUACCCGGUGUCAGUCCCUCAGCUCUACAACCCCGUGACCUCUCUGCUGAUGCCAGCGGGCCAGAAGGACAGCUGGUCGGGCAUGAGGACGGUGGGCCAGCUCAAACACGACCUGGGGAUCCGCAACAAGCCCAACACAGACUCACUGUAUAAGCCGGUGGUGCGAGCGCAGCGCCACUUCAACAAGCUGCACAUCCCCAGGCAGCUGCAGAAGGCAUUGCCCUUCAAGAGCAAGCCCAAACAGGACCAGCCCAAGGGCAAGACGCCCAAGGACCUCCAGAGGCCCGCUGUCAUACGGGAGCCCCAUGAGAGGAAGGUGGCGGCGCUGCUCAACGCACUAAGCACGGUGCACAACUACAAGAGCAAGAAAGCGCACACGGCGCAGCAUGCCAAGCACAAGGACUUCCUGCGGCAGCGGGACAAGGCGGAGGAGGACAAGCUCAAGAGGCAGAAGGAGGCGAAGAAGAAGCUUUACCGUAUGAUGGGCCAGAAGGAGAAGAAGAGGCAGAGGUCCAGUCUGAAAGGGGCGCCGCAGGAUGACUGAUUUUACGUCAAUAUGACUCUCUUAAAGGCCAGUGUAAUAACUUUAAGGCCUACCAAUGGAAUGGAAUAAUCCCCUGUUUAAGCAAAAUCUGUUGGUCUGCAGUGGAGUAGGGUGAAAUUGCCCCUAGACACUAAUCUUGGGUCAGUUUAGCAUUUUCCCCACUAAUGGUUAAAGGGGUACUUCGGGAUUUUGGCAAUGAAGCCCUUUGUC